UCUCUCUCUCUGGGUGGAAUCUUAUUAUUUUUGGCUGUAAUUUAUUCAGAAUAAAAGCACAAUACGUUCGUAAUCUUUCAGUUCUUAAUUUGCAAAUGCGCCACAAAUUUAUUUUCUGUGAUAACUCCUAAAAAGAACUCUAUUCUAACAAGCCUUUAAUCAUAAUUUUCCUUGGUCUCCAUUUACAAUAAGUUCAGGUAUUAAUGUCAAACUUGCUCUUGCUAAUGAACUUGCUUGUGCUUAUUGGUGUUUGGGCCAGCAGUGGGAAGGUGGAAGGUGAAGGGGAGACAGGACCAAUAUCCCUUACCAGCUCUCUGUCGGGUCCUCCUCCUGUUUCUCGUAGGACCCCUGUAGACCAUUCCUCCACUCCCUCGUGGCAGCGCCGGCUGUCCCACACUAACAGUCGAGGACGAGGCUUCCUUCUAGACCACAGUGAAAGCUUCAGUUCAGCGGGAGAAGAGGAAGAGGAGGACGAAGACGAUGGUUUCCAGAUUCUCACAGCAGAGUCACUCUUUUCAACAUUGCUCAACCGCGUGCGCUCACUCACCAGGAAGAUGAAUGCAGAUGACAUGCGAAGUGAUAGAGCCAGACGACUGUCAAACCAACCCACACCUGAGCCUGGCACAGCACCAAGCAGUGCAGGGAUUGGAACAGCCCACUCAAACUCUUCAGGCUUCUGGUCGUCACUUUAUAAUUCACCGCGGGACUCACCUGCAAGGAGAAUCUCAGAGACGAUGUCACGCAGUAGCCUGGGUCGCGACGAUGAUACAUUUGGAGGGAUCAGUUCACCCCUCUGGACCCGUAGUGUUUCGCGUGACACCUCAGAUGCUGAUACUUUGUUCUCAGAAGCUUCCACACCAUUUGGUACACUGCCGAGAGGAUGGCGAGCACCGAGGUGGUCUGGAGCGGAGGACGGAGGGGAAUCUGACACAUCUGAGGCUUCUGCGCGGUCACUAGGUCGCCGUCCGCAGUACUCCCGAGCACCUUCAAGGGAGCUUCACAAUAUCCCUGACGAGGAACUAGGGUUGCUGGGCGGGCGGGCAUAUUCUGGAGGAGGCAUGUCCCUUCCUCGCCCCUACCCGGGAACGAGCAGUGGCCUUACAGCACAAGGCAGAAUGAUGCAUGAUUCAGCUGACAGAAUAGCAUCUAUGUACGGCACACUGAGAGGGCCUCAUCGCCGUCCACACUCCACUGUGGGCGGCCAUCCGGGGGAAGCUUUAGGGAGGGAUGGUGGGCAUUGUGAGCGCCAGUCAACCAAUGGCUCUGCUGCUCACACAGGCGUGCACUCUAGCCAGCGCGCCUCACAGCUUUCCCCCAGUGGCUCUACAGUACAAUCACCUGAGGAAACAGAAGCUCUCAAGCAGAGCGUGCAGGAACAGCUUCAGCAGUUGGUUAGAGAGCUGGAGGCAGGAGAGGACCAGUUGCCUCUUGCACCGCAACCACAGCCUCCACCGGAGCAGCAACAGCAGCCUCAACAGGUUUAUUUGCCACCUUCUGUCAAAGCUUUGGUGUCUCCUCCUGGCACACCUAUGUUCACACCACCUACUACACCUUUGCAGCCACACAAUACACUACCGGGCUCUUUAGAAACACAGACACUGUCCGAAGAAACAACUCCAUACAGUACACCCACACCCUCUCUCUCCCAUUUCCCAAUUUCCCCUACAUCACCAGUCCAAAGCAUCCAGUCACCACUCACUACUCCAUCGCCUCUCCCUCAAGUUCACUUUCGUUCCCAUAGUGACGAUGCUGCUGCUCAUGGGAGAGCAACUGGUACCACUGUUAAAGACAGUUUUACUAAUAGCACAGUACCGAAGCAAGGUCAUAAAGUGAUUAGCCAAGCAAGUGGUCCUACUUCAAGAACUGAGGGAGGGGGGCAAGACAGGACAUCCCGAGGGCUUCUGACACGGAUUGGAGGCAAUGAGCAGGUUGGUUAUAACGCAAUCCUGGACAUCAGUAGAGAGAGAGCCACAAGCCCUGCCAGCAGUGAUAGUACCGAGUUCGGUCAUGUAAAACGAGUUUCAUCCAACAAUGAGGAAUGGCUGAAGCCCACUGGGGCAGUGGUGCGAAAUGUUGAUAAUACAGCUUUGGAAGCUUACCGGCGUUCACGUGGGAAGGGUGAUAUAAUGGAAUAUCAGAGAGGAAAGUCUGAAGACCUGCGACACACUCUGGACUCCUUAGAAAGACUUGAAAAUCAAAAAAGUAGGAUCACACCUUCUCGUCCAACAUUUUGCCGGGACCCACCAUUAGAUGAAAGGACAUACUCUAAUAUCGGAGACUUUAACCGGACAAACACUGGAACACCAGCCAUGACAGCUGCAAAUCUUCAGUUGCAUAACCAGUUAGUGGCUGCAAAUUCUGCCAACUCAAACAUAAACAACACAGAUCCCACAAACACCAAUAGCACUGGUUCUGCAAACACUCUUGGUAGAGCAAACAGCAACAUCUGUGCUUCUAAUGACCAGAACAAUAAUAAUGGUUUGCCAACUAGUCGCUCUGCUAGUGGCAUCCCAGUCAAGAGCAACAGUCGGGGCAGCCUCAGCACACGCAGCAGCUUCAGUGGGAAUAGUAUUAGCGGAACAAAACCUGGGGAGUUGCUCCAACCUAAGACAUACAGGCGUAGCAAAUCAAAAGAACUGACUCCUGCCAUUGAAGCUGCUGGGGAGAAACUCAGCCAACUCAAUUCAGGGACUCUGAAGAAGAUAUCACCAUUUGAGGCAUACAGGCGCACUAAGUCUCGUGAACUGCCACUUGAAACUGUGAACCGUGACACUAGAAUAAAAUCUCCUCCACCGGCAGGACCAGAACGAGCAAAAUCUCCUUUCGAGAGGGCAAGGUCAUCCAUUGAAAAGAAGUUUGAGCGCGCCAAAUCACCACUGGCAGAACGAGCUGCUAACCGUAAAAGUGAUUUUCCCGCCGGUAAAGCUCCAGUCUCUCCAAUAAUGAACCGAUCAUCAAAUAUAGUAAAGGAUGAAGACCGUCCAGCGGAAACUACAAAAAUACCAGAGGUAGAAAAUGUUCAGGCCUCAGAUAGAACUAAAGACAUGGAACGGGAAAAGGCAAAAGAAAUCGAGAAGGAGACAGAGAAAGAUAAGCAAAAGGAUAACAAAGUCAAGAAGACAUCAUCGUGUGAUCCUGAGAAACCUAAAUCUAUGUAUAAAUUGCUUGCUUCACGUUUCAAUCGUUCAGGAUCUAAUGUCCCAGACUCAAGUGUGCGCUCAACUACAGACAAACGUUCAGAGGAGGAAGACGUGAGUGAGAGAGAGGACAAGUUCCAUCUGAAGAGACCUUCACGUUUCCUCAAGCACAAGACAGAAAAGAGCUCUUCGAAAUCUAGUGUGUGUGAUGAAGAUGGUUCGGAACGCCUUGAGAGAAAACCAUCCAAGAAGCUAACAGACGCUCUUAACAAGUUCUUGGGACGCAAGGAAUCCAAAGGAGAAGAAGCGCGUGCUGCCACAAACACAUUACAACAUCCAAGUGUUUUAGUUACAGGCACGGAAGAAGAGCAUCCCAAAAAGCCUCCACGAGUAAAGCCUAAGAAAUUCUCAAAAAGUCAUGAGAAUCUGUGCCUGUCAAGUGUAGCAGAAGGAGGUGAGAUAGUAACAGAUGCACAGCAAACUGACAAAAUGCAGGCUGCUGUUCCACAAGUUGCUGCAACCACUUCGCAGCCUGGCUUUACUCUUGAGUCUGUCACAAAGAGUAUCUGUGACCACCUUUCUCAACUAGAGAGUGAUAUUACUUCACGCAUUGGGAACAUGGGAGUGCAUGAGCAAGGCACUGUAGUACGGCCCACAGGCACACCCUGCCGUCUUCCUACAGCUUCUUCUGUACCAUCUCUUACCACCUACGGACUCUCACCAGCACUGGCCAGUCGCCGCAGUGCAAGACCUACCAACCUAGACUUAGCUGCAGCAGGUAUUGACAAUCACAAGGCCCCACAAGCAUCACAGGCGCACACGGUCACAACUGCCAGCAAGGACAGCAACCACAUUCCCGUAAGUGAGAGUGAAGGAGUUAAGUAUGCACAAAUUAAGAAACUUGGAAGUGGCACAGGGGAAGUGGCCCCUUCAGAGGAUGGAAGUCAAACCCCCACAGAGUCAGGUGAGUCUACAACGUCUGGCCCUGAUGACCAACGGGGUGUCAGUGAGAAUGAUGAUGAGAGCGUAAUGGACAGGAUCACCAGGAAGAGUUACUAUUCACGUUUCCAAGAAAUUAAGAAGCCAAAACUGAGACGAGCCAACACCAAGGAAGACAUGGACCAGCAACUGGCAGCAGCAAAGGCUCGACUCAUGAAGGAGGACCAGGAGCGUGCUAUGAGAGAUACCCUCAGUCCCCACAAGUAUACCUCCCCCCUUGGUUCCCCUCGAGCCAAUGUUACGUCACCCCCCUCAUGGGAGAACCCUCGCCGUCACUCUCGCAAGUCUUUGCCACCAGAAGAUCUGAGUCAGGCCUAUUCGGGUGGACGCCGGGGUGCAUCUCUGCAGCCAGAUGACCUACCUGGCAUCCGUCGCUUGACCUCUGUCCAACCACCAGACGUGGCCAUGGGGGUCAAGCGUCGUCUGCCUUCCAUGCCUCCUGAUGAGCGCAUCCGUUCCUUCCGUGCCCCAUCUACACCUAGGGAGUCUCUCUCUGGUCGUCGUGUAAAAUCCAUCCCACCAGAAGACAAAAUGUAUGGCCAGCGUGCACCAUCAACUCAGCCUGAGGACAUCAGAAGACCAUCACCUGUCAAGAGCCCCGAGGUAAAGGCUGAUGAUAAUAAUGCCAUGCCUGAUGUUGUAGCUGCUGCUGCAGCUGCAGGAGCACUAGCAGGAGAAGUGGCAGCUGUUGCAGCUUCAGACGGAACAAAGGAGAGAGGUAAGUCCAAAUCUAGAGAGCCGUCUGUAAGUCGUUUGAAGAGUCCUGAACCCACGGAGUCCUGGAGUAGUGCCAAGGAUGAGACUCGCACUCAGGCCCGUGAGGAACUCUCUCGUCGUCUCACUCACCUAACACGCAUCUCUGGCACAAGUGGAAUAGCAGCAGCUAAAAGAAAUGUUGGUCUGGCAGGAGGCAAUGCAAGUGAUGGAGCUGGCAUUCGGCCAUACCGACGCACCAACACUACGGGACUUCUGGGAGAACCUACUUCUACCCAACCAGGAACCAGUACUAGCACUGGCAAGACCCUUACGGAGAGACCUGCAUAUCGUCGUACAAACACCAUGGACCUCCCGCCUGCUGAUGCGAGAGCACGGCCUGGGAGUGAAUACAGGAGGAUGCUUCAGGACCCCGCUCGUCGCUACUCUGCCGCCAGAUGUCCUGCAAGUGAUGGCACCCCUGCCAGGUGGCCACCUCCCGUCCUCCAGCGGACACUUGUGGAAGAUGAGGCUCUCAACACUACCCCAACCCGUACCACGUCUCGUCUAACUUCGCCGACACCCCAGAGUUCAGCUUCCUCCAGCUAUCGAAACUACUCUACCUUGGAUUCUCCGAGAUACUCCAAUGCAUCUUCCUCCAUCACACCAUUGUCUCGCAGAACGUCUUUCUAUCGAUACUGAAAUACUGUAUGGGCUUCUUUUACAAGCAACACAUUUUGUCCAUUGAAGUUAUUUUGGACUUUCUCUUUUUAAGAAAAUGAGGAAUAUUGAUUAUUUUGUUUUUAAAAAUCAACAAGAGUGAGAAACUGUCAUCCAAUACUUUUACUCGUAUACUUAUAUGUACAAUUAUUGUAUUCUUCCCAGUAUUCUACUGCAAGUCUAUUUUUACAUAUUAAUAUUUUUUAUGUAAGUUCUGUCAAUAGACUUUUACCAUAAUUUAUCCCCAUAUGGCAUUUCCCAUUUCUGUAAGGAAAGCCAUUGUGUGCAUUGGCUGAAAAAAAGUAAAAGGGAGAAAAAGCAUUUUAUGCAUAGAGUAGCAUAGAGUGGACUUUUAUGUUUUCUAAAUGCUUUUUUCUAUACAUGGACAAGAAAGUACAUCUUAUUUUGAAACACUAAUUAUGAGCCUUCUGUCACACUAUCAACAUCCUAGUUAUUAAUCAAUUGUUUUUUGCUUCAUUCUAUUAUCGUUAGAUAUCCAUUUUCAGAUGUCUGUUUUUAUAAUGCUUGUUUUUUUCAAAUAUAGUAAUAUAAUUUAUUGCUUUGUAUAUGUAUUUAUUUAAGUUUUAACUACUUAUUUUGUAGAGAGGAAAGUUUGAACUGGUGCUAAUUUCUUGGGUGUUUAUAUGAAUGUCUCUUGUGUGAUAACCCACACUUACAUUGCUGUACAUAAUGCAGUUAGCCAGAACACCAUUUCUACUAUAAACAGCAUAAUCAAAUUUAUUGCAACAGAAUCAGUUACCUCCAGUAUUACCAAGAUAAAUCCUAAAUACAUAUAAUCUACCUGCAGUCACACCCUCUAAAACAAGGAGGCCUCUCUGGAGCUCUUGUGAGUCCAAUCGAGGAGCUCCCCGUCAUAUUGUGGAGAACUGUCAGUUCAUGCUCUUCAUUUACUUUUAAAACCUCAUGCAAGAUUGUUAACCUUAUAUUCACCCUUAACAGACCAUUCAAAAUCACUAAGUUUAAAAGAAAAAAUGAUUAGGAAAUAAAGAACCACAUUUGUUUUGAAGCACUAUAUCCUGACAGUAUCUACAUCCUGCUUUAUCAAAAGCACAUAUACCUCCUGAUGCUGUUCCACUGGAGCAACCAUCAGGAGAAGCUCUUACCCUCUUAUGCCAAAUCAGAUGUGUGCAUUGGCUAAGCCUAUCCCAUAACAAUCAUAUACAGAUAAGCACACUAUCACAUCACUCAGGGUACUUGUGGUGUUCUGGAUCUCCCUUGCAGUGCUUCCAGUACUCAGGAUUAUCAUGAUCAUUGCUCACAAAUGUUAUACAAAUAUGGAAGUAUUCUGAAGGUAUGCCUACAUCAGUAACAUUAUAUGCUUGUACAAGUGAGGAAACUUGUCUCAAUUGAUGGUUCAAAUUUGUUAUACAAGUUAAAUACUUUUCUAAACAAGUCACCUGCUUCAUUUUUUAAAUCUUACUUUUUUCAGAAACAAGUUUAUUAGGUCAAAUUAAGUCUUCAAUUGAGAGAAAAUAAUUUAUCAAUACAAUAACAUGAAUUUGAAUAUCUUAUAGUACAUGUAUGCAAUCCUACAGAAAUUUGUAAUAAAUUGUGCAACUGCUCUACUUUACAAAAUUUCAGCACAUCUCCAUUUUGGAUAGAUUCAUAACUAUAAAAUUCCAGUUUAAUCUGUGGAUUGGAUUCUAUUUCUUGUAGUAGUGAUGAUGAACUGUAUAGCACAACCAUAUCACAUUUUUGCAUUUUUCAACAUUAAUAUCUGUAUUUAUUUAUAGUAAGCAAAUGAAGUGUAUAUAAGAAGCUUUUCAUAUUUCGUAAGAACAGGAACAAACAUCCAACUUGUAUAUGUAUGUAAAUAUUUUCGUAGAAUUAUGGAUAUCUUAACAGAUGAUACUGUAAUAAAAUAUAUUACAAAAGUUCUCAGGUUGAUAGUGUGACCUCAACAGCACUGAUAAAACAGAUUAUAAUGACAAUGCAUCGACUAUUAUUUCUCAACUAUAAGACAAAUACAACUGACCCUAUAUAUGUGAAUUUUCAAGAAAACAUUGACAAGACCUACUUUUGUAGCAACAACCAUAAUAAUUUAACCAAACAUGGAUACUGUGUCUAAUAGAGAUGUGUCUCAACACUUACAUGGCAGUGCACUUGUUCAGAGUUCCAGUGGUGAUGUAAUACUUACACUGUGUAUUGUGUCUUUGGUGACUCAUUUGGAGGCACUCGUUUUCUGGCACCUUAUGACAGUUUUCCAUCUGUAUUGUGCCUUAUGAUAAUUGUAAAUAUUUGUGGUAUAACCCUUUUUUUAAUAUUUGUAUUUCUAAGAUGAAGUGAUUGUUAAUUACUCUUAUUGUGUCAGUUCACUUAUUUGUAUCUAUGAAUGAAUAUUUUUCAUGCUACUGUGAUUUUAGACUGUAUUUUAGUUUUUCUAUUUGUAUCACAGAUGACUAAGGUAGUUUCUAGCAUUUUGAUUAAAUUGAUAUUUAUGUCUAAAUAGCUGCUUCUUUCACACCCGAUCAAGAUUAUGAACUUCAGGUAAGCAGGCCUGAUAAACAAUUGCAUAAAGGCAGUUGCAGAGAAAUAUUUUUACUGUACUAUAUAAUACGGAUAUUUUUUCUUUAUACUGCUAACAUCAUUAUUAUUUCAACUGCUAAGUAUGUGUUCAUGGGUGUGUGUGUAUAUAUAUAGACUGUUAGACAUUUACUUUAUACAAUUGAUCUGCAAGCACAAAAGCACAUGGGUCAACACUUGAGUCCUUUACCCUGGUGUGUAGCAUAUACAGGCAGGGGCUGUAACAUUUACCCAGGUUGUUGAUAUUCUUGUUUAACCAAGUGUGUUUAUUUAAGAUUAUAUAUUGUUCAGGAUCUUUCCUGGACAGGCUCCUUCUGUGUUUCUUAAGUAAACAGUAAAAAAUAAAUAAUAAGCUCA